AUGGCGGGUGGGUCCAAAGCGGCCGACAACCGCGCCAGCCGUGUCGCGGGAGUGGUUGCAUCGGACAAAGGCAUGUGGGAAGGGCUCCUCACCGAGGUGGCGACAGCAGCCAAGGCUCCAGAUGCGAAGCUUCUUUGCCUCGGGCGCCCGGGAAUCGGCAAACGUACGCUGCUGCAGGCUCUGCAUCAGCAUGCCUGCCCUCUGGCAGUGCAGACGGAGGCUUCGGCCACGCAGGAGGGUGGCCACAGCCGCGCUGUAGGUUUGGAUUUCGCACACUUUGGCGCGCGAGAUCCGGAAUUAGAAGAAGCCAAGCAAGGACAAGACUUUAACUGCUCCGCAGCCUGCUCGGUCCUGAUCUUGGAGGACGUGGUGCACGAACGGCUGUUAUUGUCGCGGUUGAAGCCCAUGGCACUGCAGCUCUGUGCAGCCAUCAUCUGCCUCGAUCUGAAGACGCCAUGGACAAUGCUAGAGGACCUCCGGAGUUGGUUGGAAGUUCUCAAGCGCGUGGUCGGAGAGCUGAUGCAGCAGCUUCCUUUGGAGGAGCAGGAUCGUCUCCGGGAGCAGGUCUCAGAUGAGUUGGCGGCCUAUGAGCCCUCUGGCGAGUCUGCGAACGCCGAAGCGGCGCAGGGUGAGGAGUCAGAGGGAAAAGAGAAAGCAGGAGGUGCGGCGUCGUUGACCUACAACUUUGGUAUGCCGGUGAUUGUGGUCGUGACUCGCGCCGACACUGCGAGCGCCUUGGAGUCGCCAAAGUGGGGGCCUUGGCCAAGUGCAGUUCAGAAGGUAGCUGAGACAGUUGGCGCAGAGGGGCCGCUCCGGAGGCGCCCGCUAUUUUAA